CGCUCGGCACAGUUGAGCUUUUUUGCCGCAUGCGCUAACCUGUCCCUAGCUCACCACUUGUACUGUGGUGGCCGUCUUCGGAACCUGUAGGCCAAAAAAAGGGAAAAUUUUCUUUGGACGAGAGGGACCUCUCUGGAGAGCUACUUCUACCUGGAUCCUCCCACAUGUUUUAACUCUCUUCCCUUCCUCCUCCUUCACUCACUCAAUCAUAAAUCUUUAGAGAGACAUCCCACCUGUUUCUUUUCCCACACUCACCGAUAACAUUAACAAUGUCUCCCACAAACGCCGAGUAUGCGCUCUCUGAGUCGCACAAGGAGAUGCUUGAGAAGUCUCUCCUCGACUCCGACCCUGAGGUCGCCUCCAUCAUGGUAUGUCCUACUCAAUUGAGUGUCUUGGUCAUUUCCAGUCGACAAUGACUUACGCCCGCUGCAGAAGGAUGAGAUUAAGCGUCAGCGCGAGUCCAUUAUCCUCAUCGCCUCCGAGAACAUCACCUCCCGCGCUGUCUUCGAUGCCCUUGGUUCCCCCAUGUCCAACAAGUACUCUGAGGGUUACCCCGGUGCUCGUUACUAUGGUGGCAACCAGCACAUCGACCAGAUCGAGCGUCUGUGCCAGCAGCGUGCUCUUGAGGCUUUCCACCUCGACUCCGAGAAGUGGGGUGUCAACGUCCAGUGCCUUUCUGGAUCCCCUGCCAACCUCCAGGUCUACCAGGCUAUCAUGCCUGUCCACGGCCGUCUCAUGGGUCUCGACCUUCCCCAUGGUGGCCAUCUGAGCCACGGUUACCAGACCCCCCAGAAGAAGAUCUCUGCUAUCUCUACUUACUUUGAGACCAUGCCUUACCGUGUCGACCUCGACACCGGCAUCAUUGACUAUGAUACACUCCAGAAGAACGCCAUUCUCUUCCGCCCUAAGGUCCUUGUUGCUGGUACCUCUGCUUACUGCCGUCUCAUUGACUACGAGCGCAUGCGCAAGAUCGCCGACUCCGUCGGUGCCUACCUUGUUGUCGAUAUGGCUCACAUCUCCGGUCUCAUUGCUGCCGAGGUCAUCCCCACUCCCUUCAAGUACGCCGACAUUGUUACAACUACCACCCACAAGUCUCUCCGUGGUCCCCGUGGUGCCAUGAUCUUCUUCCGCAAGGGUGUCCGCUCCGUCGAUGCCAAGACCGGCAAGGAGACCCUCUACGACCUCGAGAACCCCAUCAACUUCUCCGUCUUCCCCGGCCACCAGGGUGGUCCUCAUAACCACACCAUCACUGCUCUGGCUGUUGCCCUGAAGCAGGCUGCCAGCCCUGACUUCAAGGCCUACCAGGAGAAGGUUGUUUCCAACGCCAAGACCCUGGAGAACACUUUCAAGACUCUCGGCCACAAGCUCGUGUCUGACGGCACUGACAGCCACAUGGUCCUCGUCGACCUUCGCCAGCACAGCCUGGACGGUGCCCGUGUUGAGGCCGUCCUUGAGCAAAUCAACAUUGCUUGCAACAAGAACUCCAUCCCCGGUGACAAGUCUGCUCUCACCCCUUGCGGUAUCCGUAUUGGUACCCCCGCCAUGACUUCUCGUGGCUUCGGAGAGAAGGAGUUCGAGCGUGUCGGCAAGUACAUCGAUGAGGCCAUCAAGAUCUGUAAGGAGGAGCAGGCUGCCCUCCCCAAGGAGGCCAACAAGCUCAAGGACUUCAAGGCUCGCGUCGCCAGCGGCGAGGUCCAGAAGAUUAACGACCUCAAGAAGGAGAUUGCCUCUUGGUGCAACGACUUCCCUCUUCCCGUUGAGGGCUGGCGUCUGGAUGCCGGCAUCUAAGAUGCAGUAGACAUGAUUGCUCCUCCAAAGGUCAUCCAUCCCUCAACAUGAUGUGAUGCCUUUAUUCUCCAACACGCAUUUAACAUGGAUGAGGCAAAUGGCGAAACGUUCAACAAGCAUGCAUUUCAUCACGGCGCAGAUACCUAGUUUUUUCUUUUUUUGGUCAGGGCUUUUUUUCAGGUCGGGAUAUAUAAGCAUCCUUCAACACAAGAUGGAAUCGCUGGAAAAAAGGUAGUGGGAGUUGGGUUAUGUUUAUGAUAUCUGAGAUGGUUAUUUCCUCUCUCUAGCUGUUUUGUCAUUGUACCCACUGGGUUGGAAUCAAGACCAGUUGGAAAUGCACUCCACAAUGAGUAGCAUACAGCUAAAUAAAUUCAAUGGCUGAAGCAAAGGACUCCUCGCCUUCUCUGGUUUGUGAAAGUAUUCCGACUUGAGAACAGUAAAAGUUUCGAAUUGGGACCUCAGGCUUGACGCCCUUAGGUCGCCGUUAACAAAACCAGUAACUUCAUGCGUAAGCGGUGAGAUAUGGGCUAGCAAGGUAACAGCACCUUGAGAGUCUUUGAAGAUUCCUGACCGAGAGAAAGGUCAGAGGCUCAUCAUCCAUUAUCUACAUAUUGCAACUGCUGACACAUCACUUGUUUGCUCAACAUCACAACAUUGGGAGCUUGCCUUCAUGUUCAAUCAUCACUUAUUCCUUUAUUUGUUGCUCCUCAACCACAUAUCUCAUUCGGUCCUGGAUCCAAGGCUUUCCAUCUCAUGAAAUGACUGCUUAACCUUUUCGCCACCAGUCCA